UCUUUCCAAAUCGUCCCUGGAACUACCGUCAAGAUGGUCGUCACCAAGGUCGGUCAGUGGAGCAACGUUGAGGAUGAGGUGCUCAAGGCGGCCAUCUCAAAGUAUGGUCUGAACCAAUGGGCGCGAUGCGCCUCUCUUCUCGCAAAGAAAACGGCCAAGCAGUGCAAGGCGCGAUGGAACGAGUGGCUCGACCCCUCGAUUAAGAAGACGGAAUGGUCGAGGGAGGAUGACGAGAAGCUGUUGACUAUGGCCAAGCUGCUCCCUACACAAUGGCGCACAAUCGCCCCAAUCGUCGGCCGGACCGCGACACAGUGCUUAGAGCGAUACCAGAAGCUGCUGGACGAGCAGGAGUCGAGAGAGAGUGGUGAUUUGAGUUUGGCAGGCCCAGAUGGUGGAGAGUCAGCUGCACCCACUGCCGAUGAGGUUCGAAGAUUGCGCCCUGGCGAAGUCGAUGCGUACGCCGAAAGCCGACCAGCUCGCCCCGAUGCGAUUGAUAUGGACGAGGAGGACAAGGAGAUGUUGUCUGAAGCACGUGCGCGUUUGGCCAACGUCAGUGGAAAGAAGGCAAAGCGAAAGGCGCGAGAGAGGCAGCUGGAGGAGUCUCGCAGGCUUGCCCUGCUCCAGAAACGACGAGAGCUCAAGGCGGCCGGUAUCAACAUCAAGAUCACGCCAAAGAAGGGCAACCACAUCGACUACAACGCCGACGUGCCGCUCGAGAAAGAGGUUCCCGCAGGUUUCUUCGACACCGUUGAGGAGCUCGACAACAACGAACGGCAAAGAGAAGCUUUUGACCCACGGAAACAGCAGCUCGCAAACAAGCGUAAGGCAGACCAGCAGGACGAUGGAGGCGAGAGCAAAAAGAAGAAGAAGGACGAGAAGUCGGGAGGCCUGGCAGCCUCUUAUGCUAAGGCUGCGCAGAUGCAGAAGAUUCGCGAGGCGGAGCAGAGCAGCAAAAGACGAGGACUGGUAUUGCCAGCACCACAGGUUGGCGAGGCUGAGAUGGAGGACAUUGUCAAGAUGGGCAUGCUAGGAGAGCGGGCCAUCACAGGAAGUGGGAGUGACAAUGUCGCGACACAAGGCCUGGUCGGCAACUACUCGAGCAUCGUCAGUAGCACACCUAUUCGCACACCAAUGGCGCCGAAGGAGGAGGACACAAUCGCGAACGAAGCACGAAACGCUCGUCUGCGAACGGAGACACAAUCUGCACUGUUAGGAGGUGACAACCCUGAUUUCGAAGAGGAUGAGGCUCCGGCAUCAUUGUCUGCGCCCUCUACACGACAUCAGAUAGUCACCCCAAAUCCUAUGGCAACACCGUACCGACAGGGUGGUGCGGGCGCUACACCUAUACGUCACGGGUCAGAAGCGACACCAAUGCGCACACCCCGAGAUACACUACGCCUGAACGACGAGGACGGCGCAGUGCAACUCGUCGGGCAGACACCCCGCGACAUUAGACUGCGAGAGCAGGCCAAGCGAUCAGACCUGAAGAGCAGACUCGCUGCACUGCCCAAGCCCAAAGAAGAGAGCUGGGAAUUCGAGCUCCCCGACGAAGCCGCAGAACCGCAACCCGUUGAACUUAGCGAAGAAGACGCCGCCGAGCGCGAUCGCCGCGCCCGCGAAGCAAAAGAAGCAGCCGAACGCGCCGAAUUCGCACGCCAAACACAAGUCGUCCAACGCUUCCUCCCCCGCCCAUCAGUCGUUGACAUCGAUGCCCUCAUUAAGCGCGCACUCGACCUCUCGGACCCGAUCGAGCGCGAAGUCGAACUGGAAAUGGCACACCUAAUCGCGCACGACGUGCAGAAAUUCGGCUCCGGUCGCGUCACAGGAUCCGUAAAAUCCUUACAAAAGUACUCUGACGAAGCGCUGCGCGCCGCGAAAAUGGAACUCGCGCUCGAAUACGCUUUGCAAUCCUCCGCCGAAAAGACCAAAUUCACAUCCGACUUCGCCUCAUCUUGGACAAACCUUCACGGAUCCACCGUCCUCCCCGGCAUCGCAGGCUACUCAGAAGACGAGAUCGACGAGCACCAACUGCUCAUCUCCGCCUUCGACAGCGCGCAAGAAUCCAUCAUCUCGAGCGCCGAACAGGCGAACAAAAUUGAGAAGAACCUGGCCAAGCACCAUGGCGGGUAUAUCCAGCGCAGCAAGAUGCUGAGAGAGAAGAUUGGGCAGGCCUUUACGGCGCUGGAGAAGCAGAGGACAGAUUUAGAUAGUCAGAGGACGAUGCAGUGGAGUGAGCAGAUGGCUAUUGGAAGGAGAUUGGAAGGGUUGAGGGAGGAAGUCAGCUUUGUGACGAGAAGGGAGAGGGAGGCGCAGGAAUUGUAUCGGUCGCGGAAGGAGGAGUUGGAUGGUUUGCAGGAGCCGGUCAACGGGGUGCACUGAGCGGAUUGGAGAAUGUGUAGGGGGUUCGAUAUCCAUGUAUUCACAUUAUACGUCAGGUUUGAGGUUCUGCAUGGUAUGGCGUUGGCAUAUUGUACGACAGGACGGUUGGAAACAUCAUAUCAUACUUGGAUGGAUAGGUGGGAACAUUCAAUGUGAAAAGGAUUGAUACUCAAGUCUAUCCUCAAAACCUGGGGGGUAUAAAAGCUGAAGCGACGGCACCAUCAAAGCGACGGUGCUCUGUCGCAAGAGCGAGAAGAAUUGUACAAGGAAAGUUGGUGACAAGACGUCGAGCCAGACCGAACCAUAGCACCAGAACAAAUAACAACGCCGUCCAGUCCAAUCCCGAAACCAGAAGGCAAACCCAAACACCGUCUCGAUAACUCGUCAUCAGUCAUUCGUCGAAUCCAACCAUAAUCCAUCACCUCAUAACAGGAUGCGGUCUAGCACUUGCCAUCCAACACCUCAAAAAUCCCCACCACACUCGCAUGUUCGACGCC